AUGGAUCGCGACUCUCUCGUAUACAAAGCCAAGCUCGCCGAACAAGCCGAGCGCUUCGAUGAAAUGGUGGCAGACAUGAAGGAAGUAGGAAAGCAGCCUCAAGAGCUCUCUGUGGAAGAGCGUAACUUGUUGUCUGUUGCCUACAAGAAUGUCAUCGGCUCUCGCCGAGCAUCUUGGCGUGUUGUCACUUCCAUUGAGCAAAAGGGAGACUCUGACAAGAUGGAAAUCAUCAAGGAUUACAAGACAAAGAUUGAAACCGAACUUGUUGAUGUCUGCAAUGACAUCUUGAGUACUAUUGAUGAUUCUUUGAUUCCCAAUUCUUCUUCCGAGGAGGCCAAGGUAUUCUACUACAAAAUGAAGGGUGAUUACAACCGUUACCUCUCUGAAUUCCAAACUGGAGACACUCGCAAGGAGAGUGCUGGAGCAGCCCUUGAUGCUUACCAAUCUGCCAGUGGAAUUGCAACCAAAGACCUCCCCCCAACUCACCCCAUCCGCCUUGGUUUGGCUCUCAACUUUUCUGUUUUCCACUACGAAAUUCUCAACUCCCCUGACCAAGCGUGCCAAAUUGCAAAGCAGGCUUUUGAUGAUGCCAUCGCCGAACUUGACACUCUCAACGAAGAAUCAUACAAGGAUUCUACUUUGAUCAUGCAGUUGCUUCGUGACAACCUGACUUUGUGGACUUCUGACGAAGACGAUGGCAAGGACAACGAGUAA